CCAAACGACGUGUCUCGAACGCUCGCCGUGUUAUUGCGGAAAACGCUGGGCUACGCAACAACAACGCAGCUGCUGGUGGUUGGUGCGUGUGGCUGAAAGUUUCGCGAUGACUUUCGUCAAAGAUCCCUGCGGUAUUGUGUGCGUACUGGUCACAUAUAUGGCGGUUUUUUACGCCGAUUAUGUUGUAACGCAUUGGAUAAUUCUGCAAACGAUGCCCAACAGCUUGUGGGCCCCGUUUCAUGUGGUGGCGUUCAACACGAUCGUGUUUAUGCUGGGAAUGGCCCAUUUGAAGGCAGUGCUGCUCGACCCAGGCACGGUGCCGUUACCUCAGAUUCGCAUCGAUUUUUCCGAUCUACACGCGGAGAAAAACUAUGGCCAUGAGCGAGGCGAGUGGACCAUGUGUACCCGCUGUGAAACGUAUCGGCCGCCGCGGGCACAUCACUGCCGUAUCUGCAAACGGUGCAUACGAAGAAUGGACCAUCACUGCCCGUGGAUUAACAACUGUGUCGGAGAGCGAAAUCAAAAGUACUUUCUACAGUUUCUGCUAUAUGUCUGCGCCCUGGCACUGUAUUCCGUGUUUUUGAUCGUCAUCUCAUGGCUGUAUCCUUGCGAAGAGUGCCACAUAGAUGUGGCACAGGCGCAGAGCCGAAUGAUGCACAGUGUUCUACUACUGCUGGAAUCGGCACUGUUCGGGCUAUUUGUCAUAGCGAUCAUGAUUGAUCAGAUGCACGCCAUUCUUUACGACGAAACAGCCGUAGAGUCGGUACAGCACAAGGGUCCGUAUCGUAGCAAUCGGCCAAAGAUGGCGCUUUUGGCGGAGGUAUGUGGCCGCGGUCAUCCGAUGUCGUGGAUGCUGCCGUGUGCAUCGUUGAACCGAACCAAACACCACGAUGUACCGUUGCUUAGUCAUGAUGUGUAAGAGAAACGGCUCAGGUAGUAGUGCUAGUCACGACGCGCCAAUGACUGACGAUAACCUGCAUCCAAUGAAGCCCAAAAAUUAGUUACGAGGGAGGAACAACGGUCGACGAGAGUCGGUUCUACCUACAGCGAGCCAGGUGGCGACCGCCUAGCCAAUUAGCAGCAUGCCGUGCAUUUACCAUCAUUCGUUUUUCUCAUUAGCAUUUCCCCAGACGCUAUUAUUGUGUUCGCCCGUUGUUUUCCUAUUCUCCCAGCGCAGUGAGCAAUUUGAAUACCGUUCCCAUGUAUUAUUCGCAAAGCACAUCAUAGUUACCCGCUCCGUUUGAGGAAUUUUUAAAAUGUCUACUUAAUUUAUAUCUUUGUCUAUACUC